AUGGCCUUUCUGGUGCCAUUUCUGCUCGGUCUUUCCUCUGUCCUUGCCGCAUGGGUCUACUCUGAAUUCCUGGGAUACAGGGCAUCGUCGUCUCAUGAAAAAGUCCACUCGGAUGCUCAUGUGGGUAAUAAAACCAUCAAAGAAGAUGACAAAACAGUUCUACUUGAAGAAGGUGAAUCGAAACCGCCAUGGACAAAGUCACCGAACAUGUCUGCCAAAGCCAAAUUAAUAAGGUUUAUAACAUUGGACGAGUCCUUUCUUCUUGAAAACCGUGCCAUACUGAGAGCCAUAGGUGAAUUUGGCAUUAUUCUGGUUUACUUUUACACCUGUGAUCGGACAAACAUAUUUGCAGAAAGCAAGAAGAGCUACAACCGCGACAUGUUUCUGUUUCUGUACAUUCUUCUUAUCAUCACAUCGACAAUUACCUCACUUAAGAAGCACCCUGAAAAGUCAGCAAUUACAGGAAAGUCCAUUCUGUAUCUUAAUCGCAACCAAACUGAUGAGUGGAGAGGGUGGAUGCAGGUCUUAUUUCUGAUGUACCACUAUUUCGCUGCCUCAGAAAUAUACAAUGCAAUCCGUGUAUUCAUUGCUUCCUAUGUCUGGAUGACUGGUUUUGGGAAUUUCUCAUAUUACUAUAAGAAGAAAGAUUUCAGUAUCGCAAGAUUUGCUCAGAUGAUGUGGAGGGUAAAUUUCUUUGCGAUAUUCUGUUGCAUUGUCCUUGACAAUGACUACAUGUUGUAUUAUAUCGCUCCAAUGCAUACCCUGUUUACUCUUAUGGUAUAUGGAUCACUAUUUGUUUUCAACAAGUACAACGAGAUACCAUCAGUCAUGGCUAUUAAGAUUGCCAGUUGCUUUUUGACUGUCAUUUUGAUAUGGGAAAUUCCUGGGGCAUUUGAAAUUGUUUGGGCACCACUUACAUUUGUGUUUGGCUACAAAAAUCCAGAGCCUUCUAAGGUAAACUUACCCCUGUUACACGAGUGGCAUUUCCGUUCUGGCCUUGAUCGUUACAUAUGGAUCAUUGGAAUGCUUUAUGCUUACUUUCACCCCAACGUUGAAAGAUGGAUGGAGAAGUUGGAAGAAUCUGAGACUAAGGUGAGAGUGUUAAUCAAAGGAACCAUUGUUACAAUUUCCUUAAUGGUUGGGUAUCUGUGGUAUGAAUAUAUCUACAAGUUGGACAAACAUACAUAUAACAAGUACCAUCCCUACACGUCGUGGAUUCCUAUAACUGUUUAUGUCUGCCUACGGAAUUGCACCCAGCAGUUGAGGAGUACCCAUUUGGGUCUUUUUGUUUGGCUUGGCAAAAUUACAAUGGAGAGUUAUAUUUCUCAGUUUCACAUUUGGCUCAGGUCUAGCAUUCCGAAUGGACAGCCAAAGUUGCUUCUAUCUUUCUUACCAGAUUACCCGUUGCUUAACUUUUUACUUACUACAACGAUAUUUCUGUCGAUAUCAUACCGGGUGUUUAAGCUCACAAACAUACUAAAAGAGGCUUUUAUCCCCACCAGGGAUAACAAAUGUCUAUAUCAAAAUUUUAUCGCUGGGAUUGCAAUCUUCGCAUGCCUAUAUUGCAGCUCAUUUAUUCUUCAAAAAUUACCGACUGUAUAG